AGCGUCUCAGCUGAUUGUAGAUAACUGAACAGGAGAUUGACGAUGGAAUCAUCUUCGUCUGUCAUAACGCCAGAAGAUGUAAUGGGGACACUCAUGAACGAUGGAACAAUUGAUUCCAUGAGGUUGAAAAUCAUUACUCAGCUCAAAGCUAAUGAAGAACUCAAGAAUACCACCAUAAAGAUGGUUGAGCAAAGCAGGGUUCUGAACACACCUGGUGCAGAAAAGCAGACCAAAAGGGAGCUCUUUGAUGCAUUGCGACAAGAACUUGAGACUUCAGUGCUUGAGAAAGCCUCCAAAUCGGUUUGGGAACUUAUUUUGGAUAAUAAAGGGAUAGGGAAGGAAAUAAGUGAAACAGUUGAACAAGUUUUCUGUCGGUUGAGUGGAAGAGAAGCACCAUUAUUUGUGUCGGAUUUCGGACCUCAACCAGAGAAAGGGAAAGAGAAAAAGAGUGGGCAGAAAGAGGAAAACAGUGAAACUGGGAAAGAUAAUUCUGAAUCUGCAGCAAAGAAGAGAAAGAUGAACACAGAAGAAGAGUUUGAUGAAGCUGUCUGCAAAUCUAGUGACAAAUCGCCCUCAUCGGAUGAUUCUAGUAAAAUGCCGCCACCAAGUGUGAGAAGUCAAUCCACUUCCUGAAUCAACUCCAUUGUGUCUUAUCCAGCUUUUAGCGAGGCAAGUAGAAGUUACAUAAUAGAGGCUGAACACGAGGUUAAAAGUAGUACAGUACAAAGAAAAGGAAAGUAAAAGUCGGAGAGUUAUUUAGCAGCAAUGAGCAUUGUCUUCAGAAGAGGUCAGGACCUUGCCAAAACAUCAGCCACAUUAUUGCUCUCUCUUUGAAUGUUGCUAAUGUGUUGUAUUGCAGCUCCUCGUUAGCUGGUGAAGGAGUACAUGAUAAUCUGUUUCAAUUAGCGCAACUUUUUCACAGUAGCAAGUUGAUGUCCAAGCAUUAGCGCAUAUAGUUCAACAUAUAUUACCAUAGUGUGAUAUUGUGAUUGCAUGUAUCCAACAACUGAA